GCGAGCGACCGUCAAAGCUCACGGAUAGUCACGUGGCCGAACGGUCUCGUCAUCUCGGUCGCAUGAUGACUGCCGCUUCUCGUGGUAGUGGUGGUGCUUAAAGCGGCAUUAAUGGUAGUGAGGCGACGAUAGUAGUAGUGACAGUAGAGCGGUUGUCUCUUCAAUGACAGACAGACUUUGACCAGCGAGGUGUCCGAAGCGUUCCGUGGAAGGGGGAGGGGUGAGAGCCUCUACCAGCUCUCGUCGUCGUGAAUACUCAUCGGCGGUGAAUACCACCAUUCAAGGUAGCUCCUGCCGACUGCUGCGCGUCGUCGUCUGCGUCGAGGGCGGUUUACGCUCGCCGCAGUAGAGAGAGGAAAUAGAACAAUGAAUAUUUUGAGGAAUAUUUCAACGACCUUCUGGUCGCCGGACGUUUGGUUGCCUCCUAAUAUAACAUGGGAGGACAUCAGUCCGAAUUCAGACAAUAUGUACGCUAACUAUCAGCAUUUAGUAUAUCCUUUGCCUAUGGCGUUCGUUAUGUUAGGGAUAAGGUACGCUCUUGAAAGAUAUUUGUUCUCUCCGUUUGGAAAAUGGCUCGGUAUAAAAAGUACAAGAAGCAAAAAGGCAGUGUCCAAUGAAAUAUUAGAGAAAGCGUAUCUUAGUAAGAAAACUAAGUAUAAGCAGAUUUUGGGAUUGGCUAAACAAUUAGACUGGUCCGAGAGGCAGGUGGAGAGAUGGCUUCGAAUGCGCCGUUCUCAGGACAAGCCAUCUACUCUCAUAAAGUUUUGCGAAAGCUGUUGGAGAUGUUUUUAUUAUGCAUAUUCAUUCUUAUAUGGCCUUUAUAUCUUGUGGGAUAAAGCGUGGUUGUGGGACAUAAAACAUUGUUACUACAAUUACCCGUAUCAUCCCGUUACCAGUGAUAUCUGGUGGUAUUACAUGAUAUCAAUGUCAUUUUAUUGGGCAUUAAGCUUCUCUCAGUUCUUUGAUGUAAAAAGGAAAGACUUCUGGCAAAUGUUCAUUCAUCAUAUAGCCACAAUUUCGCUUAUGUGUUUCUCGUGGGUCGGCAAUUUGACGAGAAUCGGCUCCCUGGUUCUGCUAGUGCACGAUAGCGCGGACAUAUUCUUGGAGGCUGCGAAAAUGGCCAAGUACGCGAGUUAUCAAAAGUUCUGCGAUUGUAUAUUUGCCAUAUUUACAAUACUGUGGAUUGCGACGCGCAUGGGUGUAUAUCCGUUUUGGAUAAUUCAUAGCACGUCGAUAGAAGCGCCUAAGAUAGUACCGAUGUUCCCUGCGUACUAUAUCUUUAAUUCUCUAUUAAUUUUACUACUGUUUCUCCACGCGAUUUGGACUUACUUAAUCAUUAAGAUCGCAUAUCGCGCUUUUAAUGCUGGUCAGAUGGAGGGUGAUAUUCGCAGUAACAGUAGCAGCGACGAAGUAUCCGACACUUCGGCCAAUAAUACUCCUAUAAACAGUACCGCAAAUUAUACUAACAAGUCAAAUUCGAGACCGAAAGUCCACUAACAGAAAGCAUGCUAGACGAGAGAUUGUUUUAGAACGAUACCCAAGGCAGAUUAUUCAUCCAAGCAUUUAUCCAGGUGCUAAUCUAUCUUCCUACAAAUAUAAAAUAUUCGUCACUAUUUUACUCUCAUUAUUCAGAACGCUAACCAUCGACAUACCUAUCUAAUCGUGAAAUGAAGAUACGUGUAUUUUUUCUCUUAUUCUUUGGUAAUACUUUUCUUCAACUAGUUUUUAUGCUUUUGUAUAUCACAAAUCUGCCUGCGAUCUGUCAAUCCUCGUGAAUUUGUGUUGGACAAGUAUUACACACCAGAGGACAACGAAAACACAAGUGGAGACAAUCCUUAUUAUUCGCGUAUCACUAAUUUAUACGUGUACGUCUAUCUUUAUUUAAGUAUUAAGUAUAGGUAUGCACACUUCUUUGAACGAACUUUCUUGAUGCUUAGUUAUGAUAAGAAUGGACCAAAGCUACAAGACGUGUUCAGUGCUCACUGGACUCCGACCGUUUUCAAAGUUUUCGCAUAACUGCUCUGAAAAAUGUAUUUAUAUUUAUAUUUAUAAAUAUAAAUACAUAGUAUAUUUAUUUAUUUUCAUAUACUUUAUCGAAGAGUCGGUGAUCGAUAAGUAAGGAUAUUGCGGUAAUUAAUUUUUACACUAAUUCACGUUCUUUUGUAACUACUCUACCACAAGUGACUCUCUUACGUAAUGUUCAGCCAGACACGUUUAUUUGUGCAUUAAUCCAUUUACUGCGUCGAUGUUAUUUAGUCUAAGUAUAUCGAAGAAAAGUGUAUUUCCGCGAUGCUCUUAUCGCUUAGGUCAUUGCAAAGAACUACUUUUGCAUUUAUCAACGAAUAAAUACGGAUUACGUAAAUUGUA